AUGGAGGACGAUUUAGCGUGUGAGUUAUUUCUUGAAGCUGAUAAGCUUUUGAAUGGUAGUAUUUACUUACAGAAGGCAAUUAACAAAUCCCAAGAAUACCGUGAAUAUUGCCCCAAUAAUAAACAAUGCUCAACUAGGGCUGAGAGUAUUGGUGCAUUGAGCGUGUAUUUAUUUACGAAUUUUUACAAUAAAGAAAGCGGUUAUUAUGAACAUUUUAUUAUGUGGUUAGCUCAUACUUUAUUUAAGAUAGCCAAAAAAAGAAACAAUGAAAAUGCCCAUAAUAUUACUUUAAGUUCGGCUUAUGACAAAUAUUUAGAUAAAUCUAUGGGUCAUCUUAGACAAUGGGAUAUUUUAAAUGAUGUAAGGGGUGCGAAAGAUCCUAAUCUUAGGUAUAUGAGCGAAUUGUAUACGUUACUUAAUCAUAUAUGUAAUACAAUUGCAUAUUAUAAAAAAAAUCAUGAAAGACCUGUGAAACUUCGUCAGCAUUCUGUAAAAUGUUUUAAUCAAUAUAGAAACCUUUAUGAGGUUUUUUCUGGAAAUGAUUCAUAUCUAUCUCUAUUGGAAAAAUUAAAAAAAAUAUAUGACGACUUUAGAACCGCUGCUAUUAAGAAUGAUAUUGGUAAAAAAAAUAAUAUAGAAAGUCGUCUUCUAGAACUUACAGAAAUUAAAAAAAAAGAAUCACAUUCUACGAACAAUUUUAAAAUAUUAGACUCCAAUGGUCCAGAGGAUCAAUUGGAAGAUGAGAAGGACCCCGAAAUUCCAAAGGAAAAGAGCACUCAAGAGGAGCAAACAUAUCAUAAAGCCGAAGGGAAGAAUAUUGUAGAACCCACCAAAUUACAAAAUACAGUGGAUCAAAGAUCAAUCCAAAGAGAGGAACCAUCAGUUUCAGGAGGUACAUUAAAAACUUCAGGAAAUGAAUCAGAAAAUAGUGGAAAAUCCCAAGGAGUGUCUAUAGAAGAAUCAACAAAAGAAAAUUUAAUACCGAAAGAUCAAACACUACAACAAGAACUACAUCCAAUACAACCAAAACUACAGCUAGAAUCACACAAUAAAGAGAAUGAGACACUACAGAAAGCACUAUCUGAAAUAAAACCACAACCACCACCAACAACAGUACCAUCACAACAGCCACAGCCACCACAUCAUCACCAAUCACCACAACAACCACAAAUACAUCAAGCGAUACAAGAAUCACUACAACCACAACAUACACCGAAAAAUGGAAUCGAUUCACAUUUUGUAUUAAAAAAUGACGAAUUUAACUCCAAUGAUUCAAAGGAUCAAUUGGAACAUGAGAAGCAACCCGAAAUUCCAAAGGAAAACAGCACUCAAGAGAUGGAAAAAUAUCAUAAAAUCGAAGGGAAUAAUAUUGUGCAACCCAUCAAACUCCAAAAUACAGUGGAUCAAAUACCAAACCCAAGAGAUAAACCAUCAGUUUCAGAAGGUGCAUCAAAAAUUUCAAGAAAUGAACAAGAAAGUAAUGGAAAAUUCCAAGGAAUGUUUAUAGAACCAACAAAAGAAAAUUUAUCACCUAAAUCGAAAGAUCAAACACUACCUCAAGAACUACCUUCAAUAAUACCACAGCCAGAACAAAAACCAGAUUCGCAACCGGGACCAGAACCACAACCAGAACCACAGCCAAAGCCAGAGCCAGAGCCAGAAUCACAACAUAUAGACAAUGGGGCCCAACCUGCAUCUACACAAGAAAAAUCAUUGACGAGCUAUGAAACGAUAAAAAAAAUCACAGAAACGGAAUUUUUAUAUGAUUUCUAUAAACUACAUUUUUCAUCUUUUUAUAAAAACCUUACUAAGUAUGGAAAUCGUUUAUAUGAAAGUACAUCGACUAGCUUAACAAAAGGUUAUUCUGCAUUUAAUAAUUUUGCUAAUGAUUUAAUUACUCAACCAAAUAAAAUAAAUGUUACAUCUCAAUCAGUUGACAAUAGCAUUCAAACAAAAGAUUCGGGAAGUGAUUCGUCUCCCCCUGAUGAUACAUCAGAAAUGCUCUUGCCUUCAUCAACACAAUCUAUUGACAAAAAAAUUGAAGGUGAAAAACACGAAAUAAAUCCUAAAGAUGGAAGCCAAAAAAUAGAUUCUGAAGGUCAAGGUCAAGUAAUUGAAGGUGAAAGUAAAGGGCAAAUAAGUGAAACUGAAGGUGGAACCCAAGAAGCAAAUCCUGAAGAUGGAAUCCACGAAACAAGUCCUAAAGAUGAAAGCCACGAAACAAAUCUUGAAGGUGAAACCCAAGAAAAAGAACUUGAAGAUAAAGGGAAAAUAAGUGAAAAUGGAAGUAAAGACGAAAUAAUUGAAGCUGAAGAAUCAAUACCAAUUUCAACUCCUAACGAGCCAUCAGGCGAUUCAAUCAAUAUAACACUUUAUCGAGAAAUUGAACAACUUCCUUCUGGAAUCAAGGUACAAAAUGGCAUAUUUGAAAAAGGAUUUCCAGGAAAUUUAUUUAAAGAAAGCAAAUUUAUUUUAUAUCCAUUUAUAGUUAUUGCAAUACUCGUUAUGUUAGCAGUUAUAUAUAAGUGUUUAGGAUUUGGGCGGAGAAAAAAGGAGAAAAAAAAAAAAAAAAUGAAAAAGGUCAGAAAAUUGUGUGAUGAAAAUAAUACCGAAAAGUUGAAAUGCAUUCAUCGAAAAUAA